AUGGCUGCUUUACUGAGGUGUAACCUCACUCUCAUGCUCUCCACCCUCCUCUUUCUCCACGUUCUAGUUGAAGUCUCAUCAGCCACCACAAUAACAAUGCACAACAAGUGCAGCCACCCAGUGUGGCCAGGCAUUCAGCCCAGCGCAGGCCAGCCCAUCCUAGCCAGAGGAGGCUUCACCCUCCCCCCCAACAAGGCCUACACUCUCCACCUCCCGCCUCUCUGGUCCGGCCGCCUCUGGGGCCGCCACGGCUGUGCCUUCGACGCCUCAGGCCGCGGCCGCUGCGCCACCGGUGACUGCGGCGGCAACCUCUUCUGUAGCGGCCUCGGCGGGACCCCACCCGCCACGCUUGCCGAGAUCACCCUUGGCAACGACCAAGACUUCUACGACGUGAGCCUCGUCGACGGGUACAACCUGGCCAUCUCCAUCCAGCCGUUCAAAGGCUCCGGCAAGUGCAGCUACGCCGGGUGCAUCAGCGACCUGAACAUGAUGUGCCCUGUGGGACUCCAAGUGCGGUCUCAUGACAACCGGAGAGUGGUGGCUUGCAAAAGCGCUUGCUCUGCCUUCAACUCGCCCAGGUAUUGCUGCACUGGCAGCUUUGGGAGCCCUCAGUCUUGCAAGCCCACGGCUUAUUCCAAGAUCUUCAAAGCUGCAUGUCCAAAAGCUUAUUCUUAUGCUUAUGAUGAUCCCACCAGCAUUGCCACUUGCACUCGCGGCAACUACGUGGUCACCUUCUGCCCUCACCACCGUUGA